GUUGACGCACAGCGGCGGAAGAGAUGAUCAAAGACACCGCUGGCUCUGCGCGUGACGGUUAAACAUCCCAGUAGCCUGCUGCGGUAAAAAAAAAAAAAAAAAAAGAGUGGUGAAAUGUCAGGGUUGUUUGUUCGUCUACACCGCAGCGUCUGGUUCCUGUAGGCUGACAGCGGCCGGAAGAUGGAGUCGGUGGUGACCGCAGAAGAAACCGGGAAUGACGGAAGCGCGAGCGAGUAUCUCCAACCUGACGACGAAGACAGCGAUUCAGCCAAGAAGGUUCAAAUAACAGAGAUGCCCUCACUAUUUGGAGCAGACUCGUCUCGUGAGAAGAAGAUCGGCCACAGGAGGGUGGAUGCCUCUGGAGAAACAACUUACAAAAAGACCACCUCGUCUGCCUUAAAAGGGGCCGUUCAGUUGGGUAUUGGAUAUACUGUGGGCAACCUCAGCUCCAAACCUGAGAGAGAUGUCCUCAUGCAGGACUUCUAUGUGGUGGAAAGCAUCUUCUUCCCCAGUGAGGGGAGUAACCUCACUCCAGCCCAUCACUUCCCAGACUUCAGGUUUAAAACCUACGCUCCCGUGGCCUUCCGGUACUUCAGAGAACUUUUUGGGAUACGACCAGAUGACUACCUGUAUUCACUGUGUAAUGAGGCUCUGAUUGAGCUGGCCAAUCCAGGAGCUAGCGGCUCCAUCUUCUACGUAACUCGUGACGACGAGUUCAUCAUCAAAACCGUCCAACACAAGGAGGCAGAGUUCCUACAGAAGCUGCUCCCUGGAUAUUACAUGAACUUGAAUCAGAACCCCAGAACUUUGCUGCCAAAGUUCUUUGGCCUGUAUUGCAUCCAGUGCGGAGGCAAGAACAUCAGAAUCGUUGUGAUGAACAACAUUCUGCCGCGUUCUGUAAGCAUGCACUUGAAGUUUGAUCUGAAGGGCUCGACGUACAAGAGACGAGCCUCCAAAAAGGAAAGAGAAAAGUCCAAGCCGACUUUUAAAGACUUGGAUUUUUUGACGACUGUUCCCGAGGGCCUCACGCUGGACCAGGACACAUUCAGCGCUUUGGUCAAAACAUUGCAAAGAGACUGCCUGGUUCUGGAGAGUUUCAAAAUUAUGGACUACAGUUUGCUGCUUGGCAUCCACAACAAGAACCAUGCAGAGAGAGAGCAUCAGGCCCAGGGUUCCCCCACAGGAGGGGGGGACGAGAAGAAGCCUGCAGGGCAGAGAGCCUUGUAUUCUACUGCUAUGGAGUCCAUUCAAGGAGGGUCCACAUGCAGGGACACACUGGACCAAGAAGACACGAUGGGUGGGAUUCCUGCUAUGAGCAGUAAGGGAGAGCACCUCCUGCUGUUCAUUGGAAUUAUUGACAUUCUACAGUCCUACAGAGUGAUCAAGAAAUUGGAGCACUCCUGGAAGUCACUCAUCCAUGAUGGAGACACAGUGUCAGUUCACAGGCCAAGCUUCUAUGCUGAGAGGUUCUACAGAUUCUGCAGCACAGUUGUCUUCAGAAAAAGCUGCUCGUUACGAUCGUCUCCGUCCAAGAGAGGCAGAGGGACGUUCUCCUUGUCCAAGUCUGGUGGACAGCGUCCCUCACUGAGCGAUGAGCGGCAGGAGAACUUUGACAACUUGGAGAACCUGAGAGGAGCCCACAACUUUCCUUUGCUGGACGACAAUGGUAAGGAGCCACCGUGCACCCCUCCUUCAUUUGAAGAUGCUACCACAGCCUCUAUUGCUACCACUCUAUCAUCCAACAACUCUAUACCCACCACCCCAUUCGAUACACCAGAACAUCCACGCUCCAGAAGACAAAUGGCUUCACCAAAUGUGGCUAGAUCCCAAAAAGAGGUAGUUGAGGUUCACGGUGAUCGACAGGAGACCAUAACAGUGGAGGUGGAGCUGAGCCAAAUCCCACAGAGCACUGAGCUCACGCAGAUGACUGAAGACACCUCUCCCAGCCAGCAAUCAUUUGAUCGUCCAACAGUCGCUUCAUCCUCUGCACAUUCCUCCGCCACCCUUCCUCCUUCCUCCUCCUCUCCUCAAUGCGUUGCCCAGUCAUCUGCUACACUCUCUUCAUCCAUCCAUCCAUCCAACAAACCGCUCGCCUCUCUGGGAGCUGCUCAGUCUUUAACUCUCUCUUCUCCGGUUUCUCAGUCAGCCGUCACAUCUGCACUCACAGAGUUGACUCCAAACACCUCCUCUCUACCUCCCACCUCAGCUUUUACCCCUAUUUGCCCCGCGUCUACUCGCUCCUCCACCCAGAGCUCCUCUCACCAUAUCCCAUCAACACCUCCCUCCUCUGCCCCCUCAAGCCCCCAGGCACCUCAGCAGGUGCCACGUAUGUCACAAAAUCAGCUUUCGGUGUCCAGCAGCCACAACUCGUUGGACGGAGAGGUGCAAGUUUCAGACAUUUAUUUUUAUGCAGAUGGAAGGUACUGGGUGUACUCUCCGGUUCUCGGUCGUCGUAAGCUUAACUCUAGUUCAAGUUAUAACACUCAGGAGGACCAGAGCUGGGUGAACUGCAGCUCAGAGUCCAGAAGAGGCUCCGAUGGGGAGAGUGAGACAUAAUUCCCUUGGGAGACGGCAGCGAUGAGCCAUGGGUGGAAUGUUCAAGUACAAAAGCUGUGAGGUUUUAAUGAUAAAACCACUGAAGAUUUACUGCUGGAGCUGCAUGUUGGAACCUGCUUUGCAAACUGAAUAAGAGUUCAGCUUAAAAAAAAAAAUCAUGCUGAGACACUAAAAUGAAAGGAAAAGGCAGAACUAUAAAAAACAUGAUAAAAAAUGUUAAUCUUCGGACGAUCGGUCCAAAAUGUAAACAUAAAUCAGGCACAAUCAGCUACGU